AUGACGAUUUGGAAAGUGGGCCAAGUUGCUCAAAUAACGACAGCUCUGCUCAAUCCCAAAUCAAUCAAAACGAUCAGCAACCACCGGAUUAUCAAGAGAUUGCUGAGCUCUCCGUUGAUGAAUUACGAGUCGCUUAUGAAAGGCGCGAGUAUCAGCUGGCGACAUUGCGGCGAAUUCACAAUGAGGAGAGGAGAAGAGUCGGAGCAGGAUGUGGAAUUGGCUCGGCAACAAUACAUUAAUGCCGUCUCGAGUGGAACCGAUGACGAUCUUUCUUUAUCCGGAUCCACAAUCACAAUUAUUGAAGCAACACCACAUUCGCAGCGCUUAAGAAGGACUCAUCCGUCUCAUAGCGUUGUUUCCCAUCAACGAAAGAUGAACGAAUGGCAGAGAAAGGGAUGUUAUUUGGAGGCACAAACAAGCGGCGCCAAUGAGACGAGAUCGGAAACUGAUCGACCGCCAGAUUAUCAACCAGCUGAUGAGCAAUCAAUGGUACAAAUGAGAGCCGAUAUCGAGCAGAAAGAGUUACAAUUGGCCACUUUGGAACGACUUCAACUCGAGGAGAGAUUGAAAAUUCAACAAGAGUUAGAAUUAAUGCGACAACGAUAUUGUACGCUUCGUGGUGGUGGAAGGAGAAAUUCUUUUGCCUAUUUUGGUUCUUAUCAAAUCGAUUCUCUUUACAAAUGCAUCAUCGAAUUUCUCCAAGUGGAUAUGGAAGAGGACGUCAUCCAUCGAUCUCUAUCCGACAAUAUCGUGCCCUUCAACGAACGAAUUGUCGCU